AUGUGGACUGUUGAAGAUAAAUUCGGCCUUCUGCAAAGGAAAAGCCAUCUUUGUCAUCUUCUACUAGGUGACGGGUUAGACAACAGUGUGGCCUCACCGGGCACAGGUGACGAUGAUGAUCCGGACAAGGACAAAAAGCGACAGAAAAAAAGAGGCAUUUUCCCCAAAGUAGCAACAAAUAUCAUGAGAGCGUGGCUCUUCCAGCACCUCACGCAUCCGUACCCAUCAGAGGAGCAGAAGAAACAGUUAGCUCAAGACACAGGACUCACAAUCCUACAAGUAAACAACUGGUUUAUUAAUGCCAGGAGAAGAAUAGUACAACCCAUGAUUGACCAGUCAAAUCGAGCAGGCAAGUCCCAAGUAGUAACUAUAUUCAAGUCCCGCAGGCACAAAUCCUCAUCAAGUUAUUCUUCAGGAGUCCCUUCACCUGUAAGCCAAGGAGCAGCAUACAGUCCAGAGGGCCAACCAAUGGGAAGUUUUGUAUUGGAUGGUCAGCAACAUAUGGGAAUUCGGCCUGCUGGUUUGCAAGGCAUGCCAGGGGACUAUGUAUCUCAGGGUGGUCCUAUGGGUAUGAGUAUGGCGCAGCCAAGUUACACUCCUCCCCAGAUGACCCCACACCCUGCCCAGUUAAGACACGGACCCCCAAUACAUUCCUAUCUCCCAAGUCACCCACAUCACCCGGCCAUGAUGAUGCAUGGAGGACCCCCGCCUCACCCUGGAAUGCCAAUGUCAGCACAAAGCCCCACAAUGUUAAAUCCUGUAGACCCCAGUGUAGGGGGACAGGUAAUGGACAUUCACGCCCAAUAGUAUAAGGGAAAAAAGAGAGAGAAACAAAAAUGUAAGACUUUAUACUUUGAACAGAUGUUGACACUUAAUGGAAUUCCAGAUGAGCUGUGAUUUUGUUUUCACUCAACGCCAGCAGAGGACCAAUGGCAAGGCCAGGCAAAUGUGAAGCCAAAAGCUUUCUUCACGUGAAAUUAACUCCAAUGUAAAGUUCCUCUGGAAAAGGACUGAAAGAUUUAUUACUACUGUAGCAUAAAUAUAGGAACUAAGUUAACUUGUACAUUUCUGUUGAUCACUCUAUUUCUGUUGCUUCCAAUAGUUUUUAGAAAGAAAGUUAUCCUUUUUCCACACUAUGUGUGUUGUUUCCAAAAUGGUUGUCCUCGUACAGCAAAUGGAGCCACGUUUCAGACCAGAUUGCCCAGAUCCAGCCACCUUGCCAUAGAGGAAGAAGCUAAUAUGAAGAUCUGUGAGACUUCCUUGGAUGCAGCCAUAGGCGAAAGGUUUUGAGAAUGCACUAACAUACCUGAUUUUCUCUGGAACAAAUGCGGCCUGUCACAACAAAGCCUACUUGGUCCACCUGAAGGGCUUAUGUCUGAUCAUAUUCUGGAUUGACUCUUCUUCAAAGAGCUUGUUGACGGAAACCUGAAGACAAAUUAGCAGCUUCCUGCUAUGGCUGUGGGCCUCAGGAUUGAGAAAACGUUGUCACAAAAACAACUAAGAAUGCUCUUGGGCAGACUUUUCUUAAUGAAAUUUCCUUUUGCUGGUCUUGCACCAAAACAGACCUUUUUAAAUGAACUCAAACUGCUUGGAACAAGCAACGAUUAAAAAAAAAUACUGUAACAUACUUGGUACAGAGAGUUCAGUAUAUUAAUUGUUACAUGUUAGAUAUCUAUGUGUUUACCUCAAUGAGAAAUAACGAAUGUUUUGCUAGUAUCAAAUCUGCUGUGGAAUUGGUAUUGUAUGUCAAUGAAUUCCUUACUUUUAUCAGCACGUGUCACUAGAAGAAAAUGCUGUUUUCCUUGCGAGCUUUGUCAGAUUACAUAAAUACUUGUAUGAGGACUGUGACGUAUGUUUAAAAGGUGUUCAGUCACAAAAUGCCGUAAUAAAUAUUUCAUUUUUAGAUUUUUUUCUGUUUGAUAACACCUGUAAUGGUUUCAACUUUCUUGGGACUUAACAACAGACUCCUCCAGAAGUGUGUGCAGCUAAAGUUUUUAGUUCUGUUGUUGGAUAGUUCAGUCCUGUAAGAUUCACAUGGAUGUGAGGUUUUCUAUCUGAUCCCAGACCCUCUGAAUGAUAUUGGAAAGAUGUGGUUGUCACUGCUUCCUAAAUGGCCAUUAUUUUCACAAAAACAGGAGAUUUUUUUUAUCUUUCUUUCUGAGCAGAAAAGCAACUGGAAAUUUUAAGCUCAAUGGAAAGGAAACUUGUGGAAUAUUUUACCAGCGUUCAGAAAAAAAAGAGACAGGGUAACUUCUCUUCUAAAAAGAAACAUGUACAGCGUUUUCUACACAAGCACCACCCGGAGCGUACAAAAUCCGGCUGUUCGCGUGAAGAACUUUUAUCAGUAGCUAUUACUUAAUCGAAGUUGAAAAAUGAUACUAGGCACCAAAUUCAAAUUUACAGCAUCUUUCUAUAUCCUCGUGUCGCGAUGUUUACAACUCUAGAGUCCCCCAGAAUUGUGUUUUCACUGGUUCUUAAGUCUUGAAAGUUCAUUUUAAGCAAGCCAACCUUCACACAGCUCCUUUCCCCCACACCUCCUGUCUACAUUCCCACCAAAGCGAGCGUGUAAAAAUGUCAGCUGAUUGCAACCAGGAUUUCUGAUCCUCAAAAUCAAAGAGUCUGAAUUACUCCAGAGUUCUUUUUGCAAAGCCAGGAUGGUGGCGGGACUGGGGAUGACAUAUUUAUAGAAAUGUGGAAAUUCAGAUCGGGCAGCAUUUGAAGUGAGUUAUAUUGUAUUUAAAACCCUGGAGGUUUCUUUUUUUUUUGUUUACAGAGCUUCUUAAUAAAAGUUUAUUUAAAAAAGA